AUGGCAUUAUUAGAAAGAGCCCAUAAGACAAUUGUGAGGCUGGGUUUAAUACCCAAGGUCAUCAAGGCAUUACCAAAAAUCUCAAUUUUAUUAUCAAUAAUUGGUUUAAUAUGGAUUGCAGUAUUACCAUUAGAUGGACAAUAUCGUGGUACAUAUUUUUCAGAAAAUGCAUUAAUGCCAUCUCAAGCGUAUAGUUAUUUUAGAGAAAGUGAAUGGAAUUUAUUAAGAGGUUAUAGAACUCAAUUGAAAGGUUUCCAAAUUGAUGAAUUAGAAAAUAAUUUACAAACUAUGGAAAUUUGGUUAAAAGAUAUUGGUUAUAAAACUCAUAUUCAACAUUCUGAUAAAGGUUCAAAUCUUUAUGGUAUUUGGCAUGCUCCAAGAGGUGAUGAUACCGAAGCUAUUGUAUUAGGUGCUGCAUAUUUUAAUUCAGAUAAUAUUUUCAAUAUUGGUGGAUUAAGUCUUGCAAUUUCUAUGGCUAGAUAUUUCCAUAGAUGGAAUGUUUGGUCUAAAAAUAUUAUAAUUGUUAUACCAGAAAAUCCAAAUUCUGCAUUAAGAUCAUGGGUUAAUGCAUAUCAUAGUGAUUUAGAUUUAACAGGUGGAUCAAUUGAAGGUGCAAUAAUGUUGGAUUAUUCUUCAUCAUCUGAUAAUUUUGAAUAUAUUGAACUUUUUUAUGAAGGUAUAAAUGGUCAAUUACCAAAUUUAGAUCUUGUAAACGUUGCUGUAUCAGUUUCUGAACAUGAAGGACCAAGAGUUAGUAUUCAAAAAACAUCACAAGAAGAAUUAGGAAGAUUUGAUUAUUGGUCAAGAUUAAGAAUUUUAGUUAGAGGAAUUAUUGAAUUAUCUUUAGCAGGUUUAAAACCUGGACAUGGGAAUGAAGCUUUCAGUGGAUGGAGAAUCCAAUCAUUAACAUUGAAAGCACAUGGUGAAUCAGGACCAUAUGAUAUAACAACAUUUGGUAGAAUUCCUGAAGCUAUAUUCAGAUCAAUUAAUAAUUUAUUAGAAAAAUUUCAUCAAUCUUUUUUUUUCUAUUUCUUAUUAGCGCCAAGAAAAUUUGUUUCAAUUGGUACUUAUUUACCAUCAGCUGCAUUAAUUACAUCAAGUUAUAUCCUAAGUUCAUUAAAUCAUGUUUUAAAUUCAAAUUUUGAAAUUGUUCAUUUAUUAUCAUUUGGAGUUUUAAGUGGUGGAUUUUUCAUUGGUUGUAUCUCGAUUGGUGUUUUAAUAUCACAAGUUUUCCCACUGUUACCUAUAGAGGCAAGUUAUGGAUUAAUUUUAUUAUUUGGUAUUAUUUCAAUAUCUAUUAAUUUUAUUAAAAUUCCUGGUUCUCAAGAAUUGAAAAUUGUUUUAAAAUCAAUUUCAUUAUUAUAUUAUGGUACUGUAUUAUCAUCAUUAUUAGUUUUAAAUUUUGCCCUAACUUUUACAAUUGGUAUAUGUGCAUUCCCAUUAACUUUAAUUAAUGAUCAACAACCUACAUUUAAGAAAAUUUUAUUAUUAUUAAUUUCAAAUCCAUUUCUUUUAAGUAUUUUAAUUUCUCAAGAUUUUGAAAAUGGAUUAAGUGAAUUAAUUAAAGGUUUAAUAAUUAGUUGGGAUGAAUUCAAUUGUCAUACUUGGUUUAUUAUCUGUAUUGGUUGGUUACCUUCAUGGUUAGGAAUUGUUUUAAGUUUGUUGAUUAAUGAUGAUUCAAGAACUUUAAAUGAAAAGAAAACAAACUAA